GAGAGAGAGAGAGAGAAGAGGACGAAAUUAAAGAAAAGGAGGAUCAAACCGAAAGCUACCCAAAAAGGGUACCAUCAGAUUCUUUUUAUCUCUUUUCUUCUUUUUCCCCUUUUCUCUUUUAUAUAGUUUUACGAUCGAGAUCCAGGGUUUGGAGAGAGGGAGAGAGAGAGAGAGAGAUGGGCCUCCUUUCUAACAGGAUCGCGAGGUCUAGUUUGAAGCCUGGGGAUCACAUCUAUUCUUGGAGGACUGCUUAUGUCUAUGCCCAUCAUGGAAUAUACAUAGGUGACAACAAAGUUGUACAUUUCACCAGAGGCCAAGGCCAAGAAGUCGGUACAGGCACCGUACUGGAUCUUCUCCUCGUGAGCUCUGCCCCAAAACGCAGCGAAAUCCCUUGCCCCAACUGCAACUCCCAACUUUCCGAUUCCCAUGGCGUUGUCUCCUCUUGUCUCGACUGCUUCCUUGCUGGUGGAGUCCUGUACCGCUUCGAGUACUCAGUCAGCCCAGCUCUCUUUCUCGCAAAAGCCCGAGGUGGCACAUGCACUCUAGCAGUCUCAGAUCCGGACGAAACCGUAAUUAAACGCGCUAACCAUGUGCUCAGCAGUGGCUUCAGAUGCUACAAUGUUUUCAAGAACAACUGCGAGGAUUUUGCUAUUUAUUGCAAGACCGGUCUUCUUGUGGCCGAGCGAGGAGUUGUUGGGCAGAGCGGGCAGACUGUAUCGAUUAUUGGUGGGCCCCUCGCAGCGGUUCUUUCGACGCCGCUUCGGCUCCUGACGACAAAUGUGUAUGGAAUGGCGGUGACGGCUGUUGGGGUUUACUGUGCGAGUCGAUAUGUCGCUGAUAUUGGGAACAGGAGGGAUGUGGUGAAGGUGGAGGUUGAGGAUCUGAAGCAUCUGCAUUGCCUGCAGGCACGUAGGUAUUUUGCUUGUACCUUUUUGAAGUAUGUACGAGAUCUAUUAUCUUGCAUUGAAUUUGUCCUGUUGAUGUCCUCCACAUAUCUAAGUGACCAUAUCUGUUACAUGGAUGCUAUUCUGGUGAGAUUUGACCUUUGACCUUUUUGAAUGAUUUUGCUCUGUGAUAUGUUGGUCUAGGUUAGCAAAUGUGAUAUAUCUUGUUUAUAU